UAUGCAUAAUAGGCGUGCGUGUGGACGAAUAAGAUAGCAUUCAAUGAUUAGUUGAUGUUUCGCAUCAGAAAGCAACCUCAGACCUCAGUGACUAACUUCCACGUCCACCACUUUAAGGGGCAGUUAGACAAAAGGAUUGUGAAUUUUCUUGGAGUCAACAAGCAAAAAAUUUGUCAGAUAUUUAAAAUUUUUGGGGUUCCAUUUUAUUUUUUUAUUUUUUAUUUUUUGUCUUCAUUUCUCGUGCAGCUCAUGUAGUAAAUGUUAUAGGUUGGGUUCUAAAUUAUUCAGGGCAAUGAUUUUUCAGUUAUUGAUUAAAACCAUAAGAAGUCUUUCUUUCAUUUACUAUUGAUCCAACUUCUUUCCCUUUUAGAUCUCUGACUAAUUGUGAAGAUACUAAGAAGGCAGGCAGGCGGGGAGGGUUAAGGUGUAAUGGCCUCUGAGAGGGAGUGUUUUGACCUCUCUGGACCCUUACAUCUAACUUAUGUUGACUGGGAUAAUGCACAUCAUCGAAUGUCAGUUGCUGCUAGUUUGGUCCAAGGUGUUUAUGUUCUGGCGAAGGACAGGCAGGAACGACGCCAAGGUCCCAAUGCUCUUGCAUCGCCUUGGUGGGCAUUCUUCCACUUUCAGUUGCUCCGUACGCUUGUUGACGAUGUUGAUUCUUCCAUCUUUGGUGCAAUUUAUGAGUUCAAGCCUCCAUCAUCAAUGUGCAAUGACACCUUACAUAGAAGUCCACGUUAUGUAAUUGCCUUCAGAGGGACUAUAACCAGGGGAGACUCGGUUUCCCGUGAUAUUGAGCUGGAUAUCCACUUAGUCCGAAAUGGACUUCAUCAAACUUCACGUUCUGAGAUAGCUAUCCAAGCUGUUCGGAACAUGGUGGCUGCUGCAGGUGGUUCCAAUAUCUGGUUAGCUGGCCACUCACUGGGAUCAGCAAUGGCAAUGCUCGCUGGGAAAACCAUGGCCAAGAAUGGUAUAUUUAUUGAGUCUUUUCUUUUCAACCCUCCUUAUGUGUCUGCACCAAUUGAGAGAAUCAAAGAUAAGAAAUUGAAACACGGGCUUCGAUUCGCUGGCAGUGUAGUAACAGCUGGACUUGCCAUUGCUAUGAAGGCUAAGCAGAAGAAGAGUUUGUCCUUUGAUCCAUUUGCUGCCUUGUCUGCCUGGGUGCCAUGCUUGUUUGUGAAUCCUUCUGACCAUAUCUGCUCCGAGUAUGUUGGAUACUUUGAACACAGAAGAAAAAUGGAAGAGAUGGGUGCAGGAAACAUUGAAAAGUUGGCAACUCAAACUUCCCUUGGUUGUCUAGUGAUGGGUGUGUUGGGGAAGGAAUCUGAUGAACCCUUGCACCUCCUUCCUUCGGCUUCUCUGACUGUCAAUCAUACUCCUUCACGGGAUUUCAAAGAUGCUCAUGGGAUUCACCAGUGGUGGAAACCUGACUUACGCCUGGAAUCCAAGCUCUACAAAUACUAAAUUCUUAUAGUCGUUAUUCAUUGGUGGAUGUAUAUUAACGAUAUUGAGCUAUGUUGUCUCUGGUUUAUCCAAGUGAUGCGUGUAUGUUUUAAAAGCUGUUGCAAACAAAAGGUGGUCAUAGUUCAUAAAUGGCAAAAAGCAUCCUUUCUCCUUUCAA